AUGUCACGCGAGGAAGGAUGUGGGCUUUUGGCCGACCUGGCUUUGGCCUAUUAUGUCGAAGGAUCACUGGAAGAGAUGGACCGACUAAAAAUAAUCGUUGUACUGAACACCGACAUCCCUCCCAACGUCUCCCAGCUGCAAAGCUUGAGGGCGCUCAGUAAACAGUUGACCGUUACUGGUCCUAACGCAAUGUUGACAAAGUUAAUAAUAUUUAUCGCGGCUGCGGUAGCUUUGGCUUCCGCUGCGAUUCAGUUGAAUUCCAACAGGCCACUGCUUUUUGGAACCCAACGAAUCAUUCCUCAGGCACCUGCUAAUGGGGUGGAUAGUGUUGCGGAAUGGAAUGAAUUUCCGGCGCGUCAAAGCUAUUCGUUUGCGCAAGAUCAGGAAGAAUUUUCGAUUCGAUAUGUUUCGAAUGAUCAGUACUACGUGCCGGGUGGGCCUAUCUUUAUAUUCCUUGGAGGACCAUGGCCACUAGAGGAACAUUUUGUCGAGCAAGGACACUUUGUUGACAUAGCUGCAAGUAUGAGAGCUUUCCUAGUGGCAAACGAAUUGCGCUAUUAUGGAGAAAGUAUUCCAACAGAAGAUGCUUCUGGAGAAAAUCUGCGCUUCUUGAGCAUGGAUCAAAUUCUGCCAGAUAUUGCCAGCCUCAUCACUCAUAUAAAAUAUGACGUUGUUCGAAAUCCCGGAGCCAGAGUUAUUCUCGCCGGUGUUGGAUUUGCCGGUUCUAUCGCCAUCUGGACGCGCAAGCGUUAUCCACAUCUAGUGCAGGGCGUCUGGUCCGCCGGUGGCAUGGUUGAGGCCAGUGAAAAUUUCGGAAUUUUUUCCAUCGAAGUUGGUGAAAAUAUACGUCGUUUCGGAGGUGACGACUGUUACAAUGCUAUUUGGCAAGGUUUCGGCGUUGCCGAGAAUCUUAUUGACGCUGGUCUUUCGUCCACUGUUGAUCGACUAUUCAACGUGUGCACUCCGAUUGUGGCAGAUGAUGCACUAGAUGUUUCAGCCUUCUUUAAUGGAAUCUUCAAUGAAAUCUCGAUGCAGGCAGUCAAUGUAAAUCUUCUUGAAAACAUUCAGAAUAUGUGCCAAACGCUGACGGAUCCUGAUCAGCCCAACGGAAUUACUGCUCUGUCUGAAUGGUUGACCAGUAGUUUCCCAGAAGCCGAAUGCCUUACCAUGGAUUUUGAAAGCAUCUUGAAUGCUUACCAAGCGACUAACUGGGAAGAUGAAAUGCUUCGUAACGGUGAGCGCCAGUGGCUUUUCCAAAGAUGUACAACGCUUGGAUGGCCUCUAACCGGUGGCUCUCCAUACCAACCGUUCGGCACUCGAAUCACGCCCGAUUUAUUCCUACAGCUCUGUGAGCGUCUAUUUGGUGACUGGCUUUCCCCCGAACUGUUUAGGUCACUAAUAAGGGACACCAAUGUUUUCUUCGGAGGCAGCCGCCCAGAGGUGCAACGCAUCGUGAACACGUAUGGUUCGUUAGACCCAUGGCGUUAUGCCGGUGUCAGAUACGCUUACGGAGAUGCGUACAUCAGGGUCAUUCAGAAUGCAACUCACGGUGAAGAGUUGGCUUCCAUUUCAGAGGAGGAUUCAUACCCGCUGCGAAUGGCAAAAGAACGUGUUGCUGAUUAUAUACGUCGGUGGCUGUACUCUGGCCCUCCCGGUCCACCUGGACCACCUGGACCGCCAGGACCACCCGGACCCCCCGAGCCACCUGGACCUCCUGGACCCCCCGGACCUUUGGAUCCCUCUGACCAACUUGAACCACAAAAUACUUUAGAUAUUUAA